AUGUCAACUAUAGUGAACUCCAAGUGGGGUCAGGAUAUUUUGCUCAGUCCUUCGGCCCUAGAGAGUCAAGUAUCUUCUUGCUCGACCAGCGGAUACUCUGCGACUUAUACCCCGACCUCUACUGCCUCUUCAAUAGUCUCCGCCUCAGCCACCGUUACCGCUAGUCGCUGCAACACGACUAACCCCGACCAGACUGUUUAUAAGGUUGAAUCCGGAGAUACCUGUGUUUCUAUCUCAGCAGCUCAAAAUGUAUCCACCUCAGCCUUGAUUAACUUGAACAGCCUUGAUAUAGGAUGUACACACAUAGUGGCUGGGGCGGAAAUUUGCCUUCCCGAUGUUUGUGAAAUCCAUCGCGUUCAGGAGACGGAUACCAUCGAUAAAAUCGUUGAUAGCCUAUCCCGUCAAGUCUCCGUACCUCAAUUUGUUGCAUGGAAUGCCAAUCUUAACUCAGUGCAAAGCUCGGAGAAUCUGACUGCCAUUACGGGGAAGUACAUCUAUGCCAGUCCUCCAGGUACUCUCACACUUCCCGAUACCCUGGCUCUGAAGCCCGCAACCACAGCUAUAUAUGUCAACUUAGUGUACAACAUCACUGAGGACGAUCUGACAGACGAGAUGUAUGAAUAUCAAGCCUGGAUGAGUGAAUACGAGCGCGUCUGCUAUCUGCCCACCAACGGCACCUUCCCGACUGUUGGCUUCAAUUUCAGCAUCACACUGACCGAUGACUCAAGUGUGGGAAGCUCAACGAUGUUUACCUCUAGCCAAACGGCUAGCCCCCACGCAUCGCCUACGGCCACCACUGCGAUUUCCACUACCACAACUUCCACUACCACAGCUGUAACCUCGCCAAGUAGUACCAUCUCAGAAAAUGGUCUUUAUGGCGUAUCUAGUUCCGGCUGGACUUGUUUGGGGUCUCAGUUUGGCGAUUGCUGUAGUAACUACGGCUAUUGUGGGAGCUCGUCGGACUACUGUUCCAGCGCAAACUGCGAUGCUCAAUAUGGCUCGUGUUCGUGA